CACAAGGAGUCCGGACGGAAAACUGGGAGUGGGAGGAAGAAUGGCCCUCGAAAAUGGCAUCCAAAGAUGGGCAGUCAACAUCUCGGAGUGGGACCCAUCUCCCCUUGCCUUCUCUUCCGCCAUGUCUUUUCUUCCCCGCCACGAACAUCCUUCCAUCACCAGGAAUCUGAAUCCCUCGCAGUGCCAAACACCCUCUAAUCCCAACUCCAACUGGGGGUCUUGGGCGUAGCCUUUUACCCCUGUAGAAACAGAUGGCCGACUUUCCGUUAGACCCUUGAUGUAUUUACUGCCCAAAGCUUCAUGGAAAAUUUGUCAAAAUGGGAGACCGCAAACGAGCUCUAGUGAGCAGAUUGAUGCAGUAUGCUUUGGUACAUCAAGUCUUGGGAAUCACAUACAAUGAGAUAUGCAUUAAGCGCACCGUUGAGGGAAAACCAUAUCUGGAAUACGGAAGUGCAGUCUUAGACUUUCCAAACUUUAACUUCAAUGUAUCUCAUCAAGGUGAUUAUGUGGCAAUAGCUUCUGAACCAAUAUGCAUUGUUGGCCUGGAUAUCGUUGACUAUUUCUCCCUGGAGAAAGAUUCUGCUCGAGAAUUUAUUCAAAGCUUCUCACCCUACUUCUCAGGAUUAGAAUGGAAUGGAAUUUUAAAUGCUGGCUCUGACAAUCAAAUGUUACUAGAGCUUUACAGAUACUGGAGUUUGAAGGAAGCAUUCAUCAAAGCCACAGGGGAAGGCGUUGGGUGCAGAUUGGACAACAUUGAAUUUCAGCACAUUUAUUGGGAAAACAUACUUGUUAGAGUCAAUGGCAAAAUAUUGAAAGAUUGGAGAUUUUGUCUAUUUGAAUUGGGAAAAAGUCACUUGGCAGCGAUUGCUAGGGGUCAUCCAAUGGCUGCUACCAUAAAUUACAAGAAAACAUUGAAGCGGACGAUGUUUGAUGACAACGAAUACAGGCAGGGUCUUCAUCUCCCGAAUGCUGGAUUUGUGUUACGCGAGGUAGACGAGCUUUUCCCCAGCCGUUGUGGAUUAGGUAGAACGCAUAUUGGAUUGUUGCAGACACGUGAUGAUGCUUCGGAGGAUGAAGGAGAGUAGCCAGGCAGCCAUUGCUGAUGCUGUUCGGAUAUACGAAGAUUCCACCUCAAGGUUCACAUGGCUUAUUAUCAAUUGGUUUAUAUAUUAUUAGGGGCGGUUCCGUUAAUACUGGCUUUGGUUGACACUACGGUGCCACUCUCUCUUGGGGCACUUACGGUACUCCGUUCCCAAAAUUGAUGGUUCUUAUCCCCCUAACCUCCCUUAAAUCCCCUUUCUCCCACCCCAGCCGCCCCUUCCUUGAGUUCCUUCCACGUUGAUGGGCAAGACAACAGUUUUUACUGUUGCCAAUCGGUGUGAAAGGGUGUGGGGG